AUGUUAGAAAAAAAGUUUGCUGACAUUGACAAGAAAUUUGAGAAUGUUUUGAAGAAGAACAAGGUGAAAUUAGAAAAUGCUCAGAUAAAACCCAUACAUGACAAGUUCUUAUUUGCUCAGAAUGGUAUAACAGGUCUAAUCGCACCACCUGGGUCGGGUAAGACUUUCACUUAUCUUAAAAUGGCUGCACAACAACAAGAACUAGAUGAGAAGAACCCAUUCUAUGAGUUAGUUGUUAUUUGUAGUACUUCGGGUCAAUUUGACCAAACCGUCAAUUCGUUCAAAGAUAUUAUAAAGAAGUCUAAGUUAGUAUGUAUAAAAGACUCUGAGUUGUUAGAUUGGAUAAAGAAGUACCAAAGAAGAGUUUUGAAGUACAAUGCUAUAAAUGAGUAUAUAAAUUCGAAGUUUAAAGACCCAAAUGA